UUCACACUGCUGUGCAUGCGUUGAAGCUUCGCAAGCAAGCUUUCAUUUUUUCUUGGCUUCGUUCUCGAUAACCAAUAACACUCUCUUCUCCGAAAGAAGAGAAAAGCCCUCUCUUUCUCUCUUCCUAUCUCUCUCGUUAUGAGAUUUGCGACUUGGAGCCAGGAAUCGCCUUUCCGUCUCACCGAUUCAUGGGCGAUCUGUACUCGCAACCUUUUCCACCCGGCUUCCGAUUCCAGCCCACCGAGGAAGAGCUCCUCGCCCACUACCUCCGAAACAAGCACCACCAACGCCUUCAUCUUCCCUCUCACCCUCUCCUUCUAAAUGCUAUCCAAGAUCUUGACAUUUACAAUCAUGACCCUGUCAAUCUCCCCGAGACCGCCUACUUCCCGUCCGUCGACGAGGAGAAGCGCUGGUUCUUCUUUACGCCGAGGGCGGAGGGAAAGCAAGAGGACGGAUUGAAGCGGAAGGCGAAGGGUGGGUACUGGAAGAGAAUGGGCGGCGAACGGGCAGUUGUGAGCGUAAAAGAAGGGGCAGUUUUGGGAACAAAGAAGACUUUUGCGUUCUACCGAGGGACGUUUCCUCAGGCGUGCAAGACCGAUUGGGUCAUGGAUGAAUAUGAACUCGCCGAUUCACAUUCCGCUCUUGGCAAGGAGUCCUUUGCCCUGUGUUGUGUUUUCCUUAAAGCUUGUGCUGGAAAGGAGAAGCAUGCUCCAAAUUCUCAUGCUGAAUAUAUCCCUGCUGCAGCACGAAACCCUGAUGUCGAUAUUCCUCCUACACAGCACAUCGGAGCUUCUCUAUAUGGCAUUGGUGAAGUUGUAGCCCAGGAGGAUGAUAUGCAGGAUGAGCUCGGCAGGUUUCUAAUGGCAAUGAUUGAUGAGCCAGAUGGUCUACUUGCAGCACAUCCAGUUGAUAAUACUGUUCUAUCUGUGGUGGGCAUUCUGCAACCUGAUGAGAAUCUGGUGAAAUUCUCUAAUGGGCUUACCAGUGAUGGCGCCGAUGAUGUGAUCGAUGAGCCAAUCGAUCCUGCGAUUGUAGAAGGUGACUUCAUUGAGUUAAAUGAUCUACUUUCUCCUGUUCCCGACGUUGAUUCCUCUGGAUAAAAGAUAGAAGCUGUUUUCAAGAGAUACACAGAUGUGUGAUGCAAUGUUGAUGCUCUCCAUGUUGCUCUGACCUCUUUUGCUAAAGAGGGAAAAAAGAUGAAGCAUAACAAAAAGGAAAAAAAUGGAAAAAAGGAAAAAAAAAAAAGGAACAAGGAAAGUUCCAAAUAUAGGUUUCUUAGAAACCAACGAUACUGAAUAUAGGUUUCCAGGAAACCACCGACUGCUAGUUUCGCAGAGGACAUGGGUGUUGAUAAUGGCAGGAACGCCUUCACCCCUUAAGGUAAUGGAAAAAAAAAAAUGGAAAAAAGGAAAAAUGAAGAAAAAGGAACAAGGAAAUAUACCGAAUGCUGGUUUCUCUGAAAUCACCAAUUGCUGGUUUCUCAGAGGACAUGGGUGUUGAUAAUGGCGGGAAUGUCUUCACCUCCUAAGGCACUUGGGCUAGCUGGUUGGUGUUCGUCACAAUACCUCUCAUGAUGAAACUGUGCUGUUGAGCGAAGUACCGGUCAGACAAUGUUGCUUCUCCCUUGAGUCGAUCAGCCAGUGCCUAUUUUGCGGAGGUUGACUUCCUGUUUGGAGGUGCCGGAAAUCCUCGUUACGGCACCCAUCUCCUCUCCUCCAUUUUCUUUCCACUUCUUUCUUUCCUUCUGUUUUUCUGUUGCUGGGAGUGCAACUUCACAUUAUUAUCAUCUAGAUGAUAUGAUUGAAUAAUAAGCUAUAGACCUGAUGGCAUACUUGGAACAGCUUGAUACUUGGUUUGUUAUUUUUAUAUAUGAUUUAGUGUUCCAGCA